AUGGCUGAUGGAGAUUCUCAUAUCGGGACGCCGCUGUUUAAAAAUUCUUUAAAUUUAAAUUCCAAGAAAUUAAAAACUGUCCCCACGUGUGUUUCCGGAUUAACAACCCUGUCAGUCCUCCUGCUGAGCUACAACUCCAUCACCGACCUCCCUGCUGAGAUGAUCUCUCUACAACAACUGGCAGAACUGAAUUUGGGAAAUAAUGCCUUAAAGGAGCUCCCUGCUGUUCUGGGCCAUCUGGAGUCUCUGAAAAAGUUGUACCUGUUCAGGAACCAGAUUGCUGUUGUACCAAGUGAUGCCAUAGGUGGCUUACGAAAUCUUGUUGUCCUCAAUCUCAACCACAACAAGAUUCAAAGACUUCCAGCAGAGAUGAGGAGUUUGCGUAACCUUGAGCACCUCAGUGUACUGGACAAUAAGCUGGAGGAAAUUCCUGUUGAGCUCGGUCAUCUCACUAAGCUGACUGAGAUCAACCUCACUUCCAACAAGCUGUCCUGCCUUCCUCAGCAGCUGUACUGCUGCAGAGAGCUGAGAAAGCUGUACGUGGCCAGGAAUAAGCUCACAAGCCUGCCAGAGGGAAUUACAGCGCUUGCUAAACUCCAAGUCCUGGAUGUGGCUGGGAACAAGUUGUCCAUGUUUCCUGUUGAGUUCCACCUGCUGCCACUUAAGGAACUGCACUGUGAGGGCAACAAGUUUGUGCAGUGUGAGCCAGUGCCGUCGCUGCCGUACUCUGUACUUACAUUAAAGGAGCUGGUUGCCAGAUUUAUUUUGCAAGAAAACAGGGACAGGUCCUCUCUGAUCCACAUGACGCUUCCCCACUAUCCAUCCCUGAAUAGCCUCUUGGACAGCAGCAGCUAUUGUGCACUCUGUCACACCCCCGUCUUCUCCACCUGGCUUAACUGUGUACAUUUCAUAAAUCUGAAAAGGGACAUGAACAUCAGGUGUUCGUUGACUAUUCCAGUGCGAGCUCUUCUUUGCUCACAGAAGUGCUUUAAUGCUGGUGGAUAUUCCUACUGCGGGGUUGGCACGAGAUAA